AUGCAGCUGUGCACGGAGUGCUUGCCCAGAGGUCGGACCACGGUCUCGAUCAUGGCGUCGGAGAGGCGCGUGCGCUUGAGCAGAAUGGCCCGAGCCUUGUCCAUGACCUCCGACAUCGCGUCCGCGACAUCCUUCGGGCCAGUGAAGUGCAACAUGAUGACUUUGUCCCUGGAUGACCGUAUGAGAAACUUGAUGGCAUAA